UUUUGCAGUUUCCUGGUUCAGAUAGGAACGGAAGUGUUUUUCUCUCUCUACUUCCUUCACUAUUUGAUUUGCUUGGCGCCAAGGGUAAACCGAACACAAAGAUUGUUACAAUACCCGGGCAAUUUAAACACGUGCCUUAAACCUCUGCGCACUACAGUAUAGAGCACUUACCGGUCCGGCCCUUCUCGGACUUUUUUUUUGCCAGGAUAAAGUGGACAUCUGCUUCGCUGCUGCUUGUUUGAUUGCUUGUUUACUUGUUUAAGCGAUAGCCAUGGCGACGGCGGAGACUCUCUUCGAGGACGUAGUUCACAUGGCACGGGUGUUCGUUAUUGUCCAGAGUCCACACUUGUCAAGCUGGGAGCCACCACACGUUCGCAGUGCCUUUCGCUGGGCAGCCUUUUUCGAACAGGUACACCGCCAGGCUGACUCCAACCCACGUGUGCGAAGAAUUGUGGAGGACGCUUUGGGGACAGCCCACUCCGAAAUUCGCCGGAUUUUCCUCCGGGGUUACCGACAGUUAACUUUCGGGGACCUCGAACACUGUCAGGGCGUGCUAUUGACCCAGCUACUCUGCAACCCUUCGCUACCUCAUGCAGUUUCGUCCGAGCUGUUUAGUUUGAUCAAUCCGUGGGACGCCCCUGGAAAGCAAAAUGUGGACUAUUUAGCAGACGUUAUGAGGCAGCAGGCUGCAGCGUCUGUGCUAUCCGUGGCUGCGCACCCGCACAUUAAUGGCCUGUCUCUAGGGACUAACGAUAUAGAGACAGCUGGGAAGAUGCUUAUGAGGUGGCUGCGGGACAGUCUCGGUUAUUUAGGCACAGUGGAUAAAGUGUUGGACCUCAUGGACUCUCUCUUACUGUCAUCCCUGGCAGAGGACGCGAAUCAAAGCGCAUACUUUUGUCCAUUAAUGGCAUCGUCUUUGUUAAUAUCCGAGGAUGAGUUCGGAUCUGCACCUUUUAAGCUCUUGCUUGAGUGGUUGACGAGGAACAAUUGCUUAAUGCGUAGGCUGUGUGAAAAGUUGCACUUAACUCCUGCAGGUUUCCUGGCCCAAAGAUACCCAUCAUUCAGGGCUGCCUACGUCGGCUUCCUGACGGAUCAAGGGCGGUCCAUGCAGUACGACGUGGUUCUAAGAGAGUGGAUUCACACAUCAGAUGGACUGGACUGGAACAAUUUGCUGGCGCGUUUUCGCAUCUUGCUGGAAGGACCAGAGGAAGUUAAAAAAGAAACGGAAAGUGCGUUGUUCUCCCUGAAGGCUGCGGACGGUGAUUUUGACGUAUGGGGCAUUAGUGUUUGGACUGAUUUGCUUAUCGCUUUAAAGAAAAUGUGAAGGAAAUCUACCCAAAGACCAGAGUUAUUCAGCAAAGACACAGUCAGAAAAGGGCCAC